AUGACGCCAGCUGCGAUCAGAGCCGCUCCUGAGGGAAGCUCCGAGACACGUGGGGCGGGGACACCCGGCAGAACCCACGGGCCGUGUCUGCGCUUUGAACGCGCCUCAGGCUCCAGCUGGCAGCGGACACCGAGCCGCCAGCAGCGGCACAAACCUCACGGUCCCCCCGGUUCGCCUUCCCCUCCCGCCGCUCCGAGCGGGCACGGCCGCGCUGCCCCGGGGCCGCCCCAGGCGGGUCACAGCGCUGCUCCCCGGCUCGCCCGCGGGGCGCAGGCCGCUCCGGGGUCAGCCCCGCUGCCCGGGCCCUGCCGGCUCGGGGCACACGCACCGGGCACACGCACCUGCGUUCCGCCGCCGCUCCCGGAAAGCCGCGCCCGCCCCGCUCGGCCGCUGCCGGGCCCGCCCCGUGACGCCGGACGGAAGCCGGGCCGGGCCGGGCGCCGCCGGUGCCGCGCGCGGCGGCGUCCCUGGUUACCGGCCGAGCGGCCGAGCGGGCCGGGCAUGGGGCCGCCGCGCUGCAUCUGCGAGAUCUGCUCCUGCGGACGCCACCGCUGCUGCCACAAACCCACAAAGAUUUAUGAUGAUGGAGCGAAACCGAGCCACAAAACUGAGUAUGUGGAGAACUACCCUGGCUAUGGCAAUGUCUGCCCUCCUGAGAGCUGCAAGCCAAAGCCAGAGCUCCAAGAGGACAAGGCAAGAAUGGACGGCACCACAACGUUCAAGUCUGAUUAUUUACCAUAUGAAAUUGUUACGAGACCUUUUCGGCAACAAGAGGAAUAUAGACCAAAGUCAGGGAAGAUUGACCUGGGAACCAUUUACCAGAGAGAUUACAAUCCUCAUAAAGUAGGACCAGUGACAUUAGCAAGGCCUCGAGAGAGGAAACACACUUCAGAUGCCAAAGUGGAUACUGUCCCAACCUAUCGAGAUCACUACAGGUUAUGGAAAAGUCAAAGAACAGAACCCUGUAAGGUGGAGCGUGACUACGAGCCACCUUCAGAGAGGUUUGGAAAUCCUUCCACGUUUCAAGAUGACUACAUCCCCAAGCAGCCCAAUCCCCCUGCAAGCUGCAAACCCUGUGACACCAAGCUGCCAGAGGGGCCUUUUGAUGGCAACACCAUCCAUCGCACAGCCUACAUCGCCCAUGAGUUGGAGCCCUUGUUCGUCAGACCGAGGGAAGAGUACAAGCCAAGCGACCAACCCUUUGAAGAUCUCACAACCCACCAGAGAGAUUUUAAAGGGACACCUGGGGAACAAGCAAAAAGCUGCAAGCCUGAAGGUCAAAAACAUGGAUCUGAUGAUCCUUUUAAAGGAACCACUGAAUUCCAGGAUCGCUAUCAGCCGUAUUCGGUCACCGCCCCUGAGUUCCACAAACCAAGAGAGUAUGUUCCACCCACAGACAAGAUGGACCUCAAGUCCUCAAACCGUCUAGAUUACAUUAAACACAAGGUUACUCCUAGAGCCCCCAUGAAACCAGCUCCGGGAAGAAAAACUACUGGCCCUUUUCAAGGGAAGACUACUACAAAAGAAGACUAUCAGCCUUGGAGAGUUCCUCCACGAGGGCCUAUUAAGAAAGAAGAGGAAAUUCAAAAGCCCACAGGAAGAUUUGCUAGUUUAACCACAUUCAGGUCCCAUUACGUACCUCAUCAGGCCAAUCCGCCUCAGAGUUUCAAACCUGUAGAGGUUGUACCUACUGGAGUUCCUUUUAAGGAUGAAACUUUGUACCGCACUGAAUAUACACCAAAGAAGCCCGAGGUCUGCCCAGGACUCAAUCCAGAUGCUGUGGGUUAUGUCUAUGUCAACACAGAUUCUGAGGGUCACAGAUUCUACCGCCGGCUGUCCCCAGAACCAUCCGGCGCAGACAGCAGUCCUGUUCCAGAGGAAGUACCUGCUGUGUCAUAAUACUUACAUGCAGUAUUGCAAGCACCUUAGUUAAAUAA